AUGGCUCCUUUUGGCUCUUGGUUGACCAAUGUUAUCACUAUUUGGACCAUAGGGUCUGGCGUCAACACCCGUGUGGACAACGCCGUCCCCCUUCAAGAGGACAACAUCACCCAGCUAGAUGCCAUACCAGGCUUCCCAGAAGGUCCCUCCCCCGUACAGAUCAACACGCUGCAGCCAAUACGCUAUGAUGCCAGGGCCCAUGUAAAGCGUUCCCGCCUGGAAGACUUCGAGGCCGUCAACGAGCAAUCCCUUUACUGGGGCCUCAAAGACGAUCCCAUCGCAGAGGUCCAUCUCCGAAUGAAGAACGAGACCGAAGGAUUUAUUAACACGGAGUUCUUCGACGACCUCAUUGAGUCGAUGAGUUGCCCGAAGCAGGGCAAAGGCGACCUGGUAAUGAAGUUCUCUCGGGACAUUGACAUGGACGAUGUUUCGACUCUGUGGGAGUGGGUUCGCAAGGCAGAGGAUAACCGGCUCGUGUUCAUGAUCGCCGACCGUGGUUGUGGAUGGAACGAAGGUCGUGUGGUGUACCGUGUCAACGACAUUGACUUCCUCCCCGACUACACCGCCGUGCUCAAGGCUAAGAAGAUCGACUGGUGCAAAAGCCUCCACAAGUGUCAGAUACGCAUUGGAGGGAAGUCAAUCCGGCCUGUGAAUCCUUUGGGAUCCCUUUCCAAACGUGGGGAGCUUUGGGAUAGUAUCAAGGAUACGGCGAAAGAGGUCAAGGAUGAUAUCUCUGAAGAAGUUGAUGAGGCAACGGACAAGAUCUCUGAAAAGGUUGACGAAGCCCAGGAGAAGGUCAAGGAAAAGGCUCAUGAAGCCAAGGAGAAGGUCAAGGAAAAGGUCAAGGAGGGGAUUAGUAAGGUUGCAGAAGGCGAGCACAACAAGCAAUUCUCCAUCCCCUUUGAAAUGGACUUCUCUGGAAAGGGUCUCGGGUUCAAUAUGGCAGGCAUUGAUUACAAUGCCCACUGUACGAACUGUUCCACUGAUGGGUCCUUUGAGAUUGACGCCAAGUUGACUGUCCACGACGGGGAAAUGGAGGAAGCCUCCGUCGAGCUGACCACCGAUGGUAUCAGGGCGACAACAAUCUUGAGUCUCGGGAUCAAGGGGAAGAUCAGUAAGCCUUUCAUUGAGAAGUCCCUGCCGAUUUUCAAAGUAUCUCCAGCGGGCAUCGCUAUUCCCGGUGUUGUAACCAUCGGCCCUACUAUCACCGUGGCUCUCAAAGCUGGCAUCGAUGCCAUUCGGGGGGGAGCCACGAUUACUACGGGCGGGCACAUGAGGCUCUCCAACUCUUCAGCUACCCUCGACUUCUUGAAGGAGAACAAGACGAGCGCCGAGGGCUGGGACGUUGACAUGGAGAGCCACCCCAUCGAGAUCGACGGCUUCGUUGAGGCUAAAACCUAUCUCUCUAUGAGCCCAUCGCUAGGUCUAGAGAUUAGUCUCCUCGAAACUGGAUUUGCCGCCGAACUUUCUGCCAAUUUACCCUACCUAGCCGCAACCGUUAGAGGGACUCAGUCCCUUACUUGCACCGCCUGCGGAAAUUAUUCGACUGGCGUUUCGGGCAGCAUUGACCUUGGUACCUCUGGUGCUAUCGGCCUGAAAAAGAAGAUUGCCGGCACGAUGACGGACCUGUGGUCCCUCAGUCUCUACUCUGCUGCUCUCCCACCAAUGGCUCCCUUUUGUAUAGGCCUUGUUUCUUGCUCGAAUGGAACAUCCUCAAAUGGAACACACUCGAAUGGAACAUCCAACGGAACAGUGCCUAACAAGGCUGCGAAUACCUCAACCAGAGCAUGA